GGCGGGGUUUGGACGUUUGGGGUGGAGAGUGCUCCAGUUUAUCCCUCCCUCUCGAUAUGUCUGACUGACAGCGCUCCACAUUUCAGCAGCAAAUCCGCUGGACUCUCACCGUCGUACCGGGGCUUCAGACACUGCGUUUCAACGUUUUGCUUUGCAGACAUGGAUUCGGGAGCAGCGAUGUGCUCGUCCCGUUGCAACGCGCCAGCGUUCGUGCACCUGUAACUGGAACAGGCACGUCAGCGGACGAGCGUACAUUGCUGCUUUUAUUGAGCUUGGUCUGCGUGAGUUGCAUAGUCAAGAAAAGGAGAGAGGAACACAGGCUCCGCUGCACUCAAGGAGAGGAGACGAGUGUGAAGGCCGUUCUCAGGGUCGGUUGGUCGAUUUCGGUGCUGAGUUUGGCUUCUAUUCAACAUGGCGAGCGACUCUCCUGCUCGUAGUCUGGACGAGAUAGACCUCUCCACUUUUAAGGACCCUGCGGGCAUCUUUGAGCUGGUCGAACUGGUGGGCAAUGGCACUUAUGGACAGGUCUACAAGGGUCGCCAUGUUAAAACAGGACAGCUUGCUGCCAUCAAGGUCAUGGAUGUCACUGGGGAUGAGGAGGAAGAGAUUAAAGCUGAGAUCAACAUGCUGAAGAAGUACAGCCACCACCGGAACAUUGCCACGUACUACGGAGCCUUCAUCAAGAAGAAUCCGCCUGGCAUCGACGAUCAGCUCUGGCUGGUCAUGGAGUUCUGUGGAGCAGGCUCAGUCACAGACCUGAUCAAGAACACCAAGGGAAGCUCCCUGAAGGAGGAGUGGACGGCCUACAUCUGUAGAGAGAUCCUCAGGGGUCUGACCCAUCUCCACCAGCACAAGGUCAUCCACAGGGACAUCAAGGGUCAGAAUGUGCUGCUGACGGAGAACGCUGAGGUCAAACUAGUUGACUUUGGUGUUAGCGCUCAGCUGGACCGCACAGUGGGGCGCAGGAACACGUUCAUCGGGACGCCCUAUUGGAUGGCGCCCGAGGUCAUCGCUUGUGACGAGAACCCAGAGGCCACUUACGACUUCAAGAGCGAUCUCUGGUCUCUCGGGAUCACAGCUAUAGAAAUGGCUGAAGGAGCUCCACCGCUCUGCGACAUGCACCCCAUGAGAGCCUUGUUCCUAAUUCCACGUAACCCCGCCCCCAGACUCAAGUCUAAGAAGUGGUCUAAGAAGUUCCAGUCGUUCAUCGAGAGCUGCCUGGUGAAGAGCCACGGCCAGCGGCCGAGCACGGAGCAGCUGCUGAAGCAUCCCUUCGUCAGAGAGCUGCCCAACGAGAGGCAGAUCCGCAUCCAGCUCAAGGACCACAUCGACCGCACCAAGAAGAAGAGGGGGGAGAGAGACGAGACGGAGUAUGAGUACAGCGGGAGUGAGGAAGAGGAGGAGGAGCGCGACGUCGGUGAACCCAGCUCCAUCAUCAACAUGCCUGGGGAGUCCACUCUGAGGCGGGACUUCCUGCGUCUGCAGCUGGCCACCAAUGACGCGCUGCGCAGACAGCAGCAGGAGCAGCACCAGAACGAAGAGCACAAGCGCCAACUACUGGCCGAGAGGCAGAAACGCAUCGAGGAGCAGAAAGAACAGAGGCGGAGGCUUGAGGAGCAACAGCGCAGAGAGCGCGACCUGAGGAAACAGCAGGAGAGGGAGCAGAGGAGACGCUACGAGGAGAUGGAGCAGCUGCGGAGAGACGAGGAGAGGAGGCACGCGGAGAGAGAGCAGGAGUAUAUCCGUAGACAGCUGGAGGAGGAGCAGAGGCAGUUAGAGAUCCUCCAGCAGCAGCUUCUCCAGGAGCAGGCUCUACUGCUGGAGUACAAGCGUAAGCAGAUAGAGGAGCAGAGGCAGGCAGAGAGACUGCAGAGGCAGCUUCAGCAGGAGAGAGCCUACCUGGUCUCUCUCCAACAACAGCAGCAGCAGGAAGGGAGACCAGCCGACAAGAAGCAGUUGUAUCACUAUAAAGACUCGGUCAACCCCACCGAUAAACCGGCCUGGGCCAAAGAGGUGGAGGAGAGGUCUAAACUGAACCGGCAAAGCUCUCCAGCGUUGCAACACAAGAUGUCCAACCGUGCGUCCGACCCCUCCCUGCCCCCCCGCUCUGAGUCCUUCAGCAGUGGGGGCAUGCAGCCCCCCUUCACCCCCCCCAUGAUCCGCUCCGUCGAACCCCAGAUUGCUCACCUGGUCCCAGUCAGGACUCACAGCUCCAUGUCCGGCUCCCAGUCGCUGCAGGACCAGACAGGUUCCGCCCUGGGGGAGGUGACGGCCAUGGGCUCUCCCCGGCCGGAGAUGCCCCCCAGGCAGAACUCCGACCCCACCUCCGACACCCCCACCCCCCCGCCUCGGGUAGCCAGUCGGGACGAGAGGGACCGGACGGCGUGGUUGAGAGACGAGGCCAUGCCCCCCAAGGUUCCCCAGAGGACCACCUCCAUCUCCCCAGCCCUGGUCAGGAAGAACUCGCCCAACGGAGGCCUAGGACUCGGCCUUCGCACUGGAGGCCAGCUCAUACGUGCCAGCAACCCAGACCUGCGUCGCUCAGAGCUGUCACUGGAUGCCGCUCUGCAGAGGACAUCGUCCAACUCUUCCUCUUCCUCCUCCCCCUCGUCUCAGGGUGGCUCUGCCGAGCGCAAAGGUCAAGCCCAGCAGGAAGUAUCACCUACUGGAGCCAAUCAGGAGGCUAAGCCUAAACAGGAGGAAGGAAGAGAGUCAGCCAGACCCAGCAGACCAGCUGACCUCAGUGCGCUGGCUAAGGAACUGAGGGAGUUGAGGGUGGAGGAGGGAAACAGACCUCCUGCAAAGGUGACGGACUACUCGUCCUCCAGCAACGAAUCAGAGAGCAGCGAUGAAGAUGGGGAAACCGUGGGGCAUGAUGGGACUGUGGCUGUCAGCGACAUCCCACGGAUCAUGCCAGCGGUGCAGGGCAACAGUGAGACCUACAGGGGACUAGCAGAGGACUCUCUGGGAGACACCUACAACAACUCCAAAGACAGCACUCUGAUGAUGAGAGAGGCGGAGGAGAGGAGGAGAGGGGGUCACGGCGAGAGCAAUGGGUUUGGUAACCAUGGCAACCUACCUGACCUGGUGCAACAGAGCCACUCCCCGUCUGCCACGCCCCCAUCCGCCCUUCAGGAACUCAGUGACCUGGCAGAGUUUGGGUUGGGCGGGUCUAAAGCCUCCUUCACACCAUUCGUUGACCCUCGUGUCUAUCAAACUUCCCCCAAUGAUGAGGAUGAUGAAGACAACUCUGCAGCAGCCAUGUUUGCAAAUGAGCUCCUGAGGCAGGAGCAGGCCAGACUCAACGAGGCCAGAAAGAUCUCGGUGGUGAACGUGAACCCCACCAACAUCAGACCUCACAGCGACACGCCGGAGAUUCGCAAGUACAAGAAGAGGUUCAACUCUGAGAUCCUGUGUGCUGCUCUCUGGGGUGUUAACCUCCUGGUGGGGACAGAGAACGGGCUGAUGUUGCUGGACCGUAGUGGUCAGGGGAAGGUGUACAACCUCAUCACUCGUCGGCGCUUCCAGCAGAUGGAGGUCCUGGAAGGUCUCAACGUCCUGGUGACCAUCUCUGGUAAGAAGAACAAACUACGUGUGUACUACCUGUCCUGGCUGAGGAACAGGAUAUUACACAAUGACCCGGAAGUAGAGAAGAAGCAGGGUUGGAUCACAGUGGGGGAGCUGGAGGGCUGCGUGCACUACAAAGUUGUGAAAUAUGAGAGGAUCAAGUUUUUGGUGAUUGCACUGAAGAACUCGGUGGAAAUCUAUGCCUGGGCACCCAAACCAUACCACAAGUUUAUGGCCUUCAAGUCGUUCACUGAUCUGCAGCACCGCCCCCAGCUGGUUGACCUGACUGUGGAGGAGGGGCAGAGGUUAAAGGUCAUCUAUGGCUCCAGCGUUGGCUUCCAUGUCAUCGACGUGGACUCUGGGAACCCCUACGACAUAUACAUCCCCUCCCACAUCCAGAGUCAGGUGACCCCCCAUGCCAUUGUGGUUCUGCCCAAGACGGACGGCAUGGAGAUGUUGCUAUGCUACGAGGAUGAGGGUGUGUACGUCAACACAUACGGGCGCAUCACCAAGGACGUGGUGCUGCAGUGGGGCGAGAUGCCCACCUCCGUCGCCUACAUCCACUCCAACCAGAUCAUGGGCUGGGGGGAGAAGGCUAUCGAGAUCCGCUCUGUGGAGACAGGUCACCUGGACGGGGUCUUCAUGCACAAGAGGGCCCAGAGGUUGAAAUUCCUCUGUGAGAGGAACGACAAGGUGUUCUUUGCAUCGGUGCGUUCGGGAGGAAGCAGCCAGGUGUUUUUCAUGACCCUCAACAGGAACUCCAUGAUGAACUGGUGAAGCUCCUCUUACUCCCUCCCCAUUGGUCAGCCCAGCGUUCCAUCUGAGACUGAGGCACCAAUAAAAACAGCCAGUGGCUGGUACGACAACUACUGCAGUGGCUGUUGAAACACUGUAGGAGAUGGUCAACACAGAUAUACUACCAGGCAGAUGAACGUUGCUGUGGAGCUGAUGUAGACCAGGGGGACCGCAGGGAUGGCACCUCCUGAGAACACUGCAACUGUUGAACCUCUUUAGAAAUUAACCACACUACUCCCCCGGUCUCCCUUUCCCCUAUCCUCUCUCUGUCUCUUACGCACUCUCUGUCUAUCUCUCUCUCUCUCUCUUAAUCUCUCUCUCAGCCCUCCUCGGUUUCCAGGAUUGGGUGGUUGACCCAUUUGAAUCUUCUGUGACCUGUUUCACCAUCCCUCUGUCCCACUAGGCAAAAGUAAUGCCUGUGUCCCUUUAAAGUCAGGUCACCUCUACCAUCCUGCCCUCCCAGGUCAUCUUUCUCUCCUCUCCUCUUCAAGUCUUUAAAUUCUGAAGGUGCUGCAUCAGAUAUACUGUAAUAUUAAAUGAACCUAACAAAGUUUUUCUGUUUUUGGAGAUGUUUUCUUUCUGAGUACUAGGAUGUCGAGUUGGCUUGACAUUUGAAGCUUGAUGAUGACAUGUACAGCACAUUCACGUAGCUGAAUCUGAAGUAUUUGUUGGUCUGUCUGUCUGUCUGCCCAAUUACCUGCCUGUCUGUAUGUCUGUUUGACUCCAUGCUGAAAUACCAGAGAAAAAAAAAUGUGUUCCAUACACAAGAGAAUCAGAUAACCAUCAGCUGAAAAAGAAGUGUGUUUGUCUGUAAAGAAUUCUAGUGAGAAGUUCUGGCACUCAAUUUGAGUCAAUGUCUUUCUCUUCGGAUUCAAAUUAUUUUCUGAUUGAGUUGUACUUGUUUGUACAGAGCCUAGCAUGAUGUAAGAUAAAAUAAAAUGGCCGCCAAUUUAUUAUCAUUCCCGAUUUUGAAUUGAUAUUUUCUUUGGAUGAUUAAUUUGAUUUUAACACUUGAAUUACAAAGUUAACAUUCACUUUAAGAUGACCUUGCUGAAAAAAAGUUUGUUUGAACAUGCAGAUUAUUUACAAUCACAAUCAGAGACCUACUUACAGAAUGCAGUGCAAAACUGAAUGCUGGGAAAUUGUGUAUUUUGGUGUAGGAUGGACUAUGUAGUGGAGUUGAAGGUAGGGGUCUUGAAGGUACAGAUCAGAGGUCACUGUGUUUGACUGACACUGAAAAUAUAUAUACAUAUACUGUCUCUCCUCUAAACCACUAUCACUGUCUGGAUAUAGAUUUUUGUUUAUAUUGUCUGACUUAACUAAACAAGUUAUUUUUUACAACCAUGUCUAUACAAUCAUGUCACAAAUUUGUUAACCAGAAGUUUGAAAUGAUUGUUAUUACUUGAAUGCUUUUGGCCACUUUCAUGAUAUUUUGAAAUUGAAUUAGCAGGCUUAUUUUGUUUUAGGGGACAGGAGUCUGUCAGGGUUAAAGCAAUAAAGAGCUGUGCUGAUUAAA